AUGGGAUAUAAGAUAUAUUCUAACUCUGACUUAGUUCAAACAGUAACAUGGGCAAACUAUGAAUGGUUCGCUUUGAGAAACUCAGUACAACCACAAGCUAGAGAACAAACAGACCAGUAUGCAAAUAUUGAGAAAAUAAGAAGACUUGACCCUAACGUUCCAGGAGUUUAUGUUAACCUUUCUGGACAAACUGCAGCAGCAGUAACCAAAGUAAAACUGAAACUUAGAGUUCCUUUGUCAUCUUUCCUCAUCUUCAGGUUUUUAAGAUACUUGCCAAACUGGGCAGGAAAAAUUUCUAUCGAACUUACUCCAAGCAAAAAUAACUUAGUCAUUGCACCAACACAAGACCCAUUCACUAUUACAGACGUAAAGGGAACAAAUCAAACAUCAUUCGCCGAAUUUUGCAAAGACAAAGUUGACUUAGACUUUGGUUUCUCAAACUUCAACAAUGAAGUAAACUAUUAUUUCAAUGCUGCUGGAACUGCUUGGGACCCAGUUAAGUUUACAUGCGAAAAGUUUGAAUGCAAGAGAAUAGAAAGCAGACUUGCAGUCUAUAUGUUGGACCCAGAUAUUUCAAAUGCUUUAGCUGCCAAAUAUAUUGCAGUUCCACUUAUGUUCCCUAUACACCAAAUAUCUGUCAAAGACUUUGCAGGUGAAGUUGGAAACCAAAGUGCUGACCCAGGUGCAAGAACAGAUAUUGCUUUAACAACUGCAAUGAAACAUGCAGAUACUAU